AUGACUUCUCGCAAGAAAAAUCAAGAUAUCAGAGAGGAUGAAACACCAAUUGAAAUGUUGGAGAAUAUGGCCGAAGAUGCGGAAUGGAAAAGAAUUCAAAAAAAUACUUUUACAAGAUGGUGUAACCAACACUUGAAAACUCGCAACUUGCAAAUUAAUGAUUUAUUUAAAGAUUUUGCUGAUGGAUUGAAACUAAUUGCUUUAUUGGAAAUACUAUCGGGGAGAAUCAUCAAAGGCUACCAUCGAAAGAUUAGUUUUCCUCAGCAUAAAAUUGAAAAUGUUUCAACGGCUUUACGCUUUGUUGAAAGUCUUGGUAUUUCACUCAUCAGUAUAGAUAGUGGCCAUAUCAUCCAUGGUAAUAGUAAACUGAUACUGGGAUUAAUAUGGAAGCUGAUUUUACAUUUUCAAAUUUCUCUACCUACCAUUCAGCCGGCACUUCGCAAGGUGCCUGAAGACGUCAUUACUGCUGAUAAUAUGCAAAAUAAUCAAGCUAAUCCAAUGAAUCAGCCACCAUCACCAGUAGAAAAACCUCAAAAAGUCAGUGCUAAACAAGCCCUACUAAAUUGGGUCAACGAUGUCCUUCCUAAAGACUAUAAAGUGAACAAUUUUACUAGGGAUUGGAAUGAUGGAAUUGCUAUUCAAGCCUUAGUGGACAAUAUUGCGCCUGGCUUGUGUCCAGAAUACGAAACUGCUAAUCCACACAAUGCCCUUGAAAAUGCUACCGUUGCAAUGGAGAGAGCAUCAGACUGCUUGGAUGUACCCAUGGUACUAACACCAGAAGAUAUGGUUAAUCCCAAGGUAGAUGAAAAAAGUGUUAUGACAUAUGUAUCAUUUUUUCCAGAAGCUAAAUUGAAACCUGGCGUUAAAUUACCUGGUGAUUGCGAUCCAACGAAAGUUAAAGUUAAAGGUCGUGGCAUUCAGCCAACUGGUCUAUUAGCACAUGAAAAAGCUGAGUUCAUUGUCGAUACGCGUGGCGCUGGUGAAGCCGAAUUGGAGAUUGCCGUUGUUGAUCCAAAUGGACGAGAUGUUGAUUUAAGUCAAGUCGAAGAUAAUGGAGAUGGAACGUAUACUAUCGCUUACAAUCCGACCAUUGACGGUAAUUACGUUAUUGAUGUAAUAUUUUACGGUCAACAUGUGCCAAAGAGCCCGUUCCAUGUAGAAGUGCAGUCAUUUUGCGAUCCUAAUCGAGUUCGCACUGAAGGACCAGGAUUAGCUUCAACUGGUGUUGUUGCAGGCGAAUUUACAUACUUUAAUGUGCUAACUAAAGGUGCUGGCUCUGGUGAAGUAGCAGUGGAAGUCUUCGAUUCUCAUGGAGCAUCUGAUUACAUUGAAAUUGCUAUGGAAAAAGUUAACGAAAAUGUAUUUAAAGUUGAAUACAAACCAUUAAAUUCUGGUCUACAUACUGUUAAAAUUUUUUUUGGUGGCAAGCCAGUUCGCGGUAAUCCACAUCGCAUUCAUGUUCAACAAGGUGUUGAUCCCAGUCGCGUCCGUGUUCAUGGGCCUGGUAUCGAACCUCGCGGUGUUAUUAUUAACAGAAGCACACAAUUUACCGUUGAUACUUCGGAAGCGGGCGAUGCUAAUCUUGAGAUCGUGAUAGAAAAUAGUAAAGGUCGUAAAUUGCGGCCUGUAAUCGAACAUAACGAAGAGGAACUAGUCAAUACAGUCAGCUAUACACCAACUACUAAUGGAAUGCAUCGUGUCACUAUCAGAUACGCCAAUGAAGAUAUUCCUGGUAGUCCGUAUGAAGUGGAUGUUGCUUCUAAAGAUGAAUUAGAUAUAAUUAAAGUCUAUGGGCGAGGAUUGCAUCACGCAGUAGUUAAUAAAAAUGCCUAUUUUACAAUUGAAACUUUAAAAGAAACUACUCAACCUAUGAGUUUACAUAUUGAAGGCCCUUCUGAGGCAACGGUUGAAUGUUAUGAAGAUGAUAAUGCCAAAUGCGAUGUUGCUUACGUUGCUUCAGCACCUGGCCAGUACUCGAUUCACAUCCUAUUUGGUGAGAAAGAAUACAUUGAAAGCCCUUACCUUGCUGAUAUGGUCCCAGCAUUUUGUGAUCCUAGUAAAUGUAACGCCAGUGGACCUGGUUUAGAUAGGACUGGGUUGCUAUCGGGUACCGAAACUGAAUUUAUUGUUGAUACUAGUGAAGCUGGUCUAGGUGAAUUAAUGAUCGCAAUCCAAGAUUCUAAAGGAAAUGAACUUGAUGUAGACAUCAUUGACAACAGAGACGAUACUUUUACCGCGAAGUAUACGCCUGUUGAUCCCGACAGAUACAGAAUAUCUAUCCAUUAUGGUAAUCAACCAAUUCCGAGAAGUCCAUUUCGUGUCAAAGUUGAUCCUAGUUGGGAUGCAUCCAAGUGUAAAGCCAAUGGUCCUGGUAUUGCACCGGUGGGCGUUAAAGCUAUGGAAGUAACCCAUUUUAAUGUUGACGCAACUAAAGCUGGUGUUGCAGAAUUAAUGGUUGAAAUCAGUCAGCAAACCGGUGGCACUAAAUCGCAAGAACUACUUGCUGAUAUUAUUGAUAAUAAUGAUGGUACAUUUACAGUUGAAUUCACACCGCCAAAGCCUGGUAGGUAUACUGUUGUUGUAAAAUACGGUGAUGCACAUAUACCCGAUAGUCCGUAUCGUAUUAAAGUCGAUAAAGGUUACGACGCUAGUAAAUGUCAUGCCGAAGGCCUUGGUAUUGAAAGAAGAGGUAAUCAUGUUGGUCAACGAACCGAAUUUCAAAUUGAUACAAUCCAAGCUGGACAAGGAGAGUUAACGCUUAACUUUGAAGGAUUCGUUAUUAAUGCUAGCGAUCCCUAUAAUUCAGAGAGCCCUUAUGAUGUUGACGUUGUGACAAACGAUAACCAAUGCUAUGCUGUAUCGUAUACACCUAUUGAUGAAGGACAGUUAACAAUCUCUGUCCUAUACGGUGCCGAUGAUAUACCAGGCAGUCCAUUUCGGGUCAUUGUUGCGCCUGGAAUUGAUCCAAGUAAAUGUCUAGCACAAGGUCCCGGCUUAGCACCAACUGGAGUUGUAACGAAAUAUCAAGCUCAUUUUGAGAUUUUUACUGAUGGUGCUGGUCCUGGUGAAUUAGCAGUUGUUGUAGAAGGGCCAUCUGGUGACGUAGAUCCUGAAAUUGAAGCUAAAAAUGAUGUUCAUACCGAUUUUGCUGUCAAUUAUAUACCUAAUGAGGAAGGUAUGCAUACUGUAACGAUCCUUUUUGGUGGUGUUAAUAUUCCUGGUAGCCCAUUCAAUAUUAACGUUGGACCUCAUGCUGAUGCAAGUAAAUGUUACGGUAGUGGUCCAGGUUUACAAAAUACCGGUCUGCAAGCAAAUCAAGCGACAUAUUUUGAAGUAGAUACAGCUGAUGCUGGCAUAGGUGAUUUAGAAAUCGAUAUUAAGGAUGAAGAUAAUCAAGAUGUAGUUGCGACAAUUAAAGAUAAUGAAGAUGGUACCUAUUUAGUUAAUUAUCGCCCAUUGGAGCCGGGUAAAUACGUCGUAUCCGUAAUCUAUGCCGAUGAUCAUAUUCCUAGUAGCCCGUACUUUGUUAAUGUCGCUAAAGGUAAAGAUUUUAGUGGCGUUCAAAUUUAUGGUCGUGGUUUACGUCGUGGUGUCGUGGAUAAAUACGCUUACUUUACGGUUAAAACAGAAAUUGAUCUCACUGAUCCAAUGAGCUUUGCUGUUGAAGGCCCCGCCGAAGCUACAAUCAAUUGUACGGAUAAUGGUGAUCAUACUUGUACUGUUUCUUAUGUUGCUGAUGUUGAAGGAACAUAUUCUAUUCAUGUUUUCUUCGGCGAUGAGGAAUAUCCACAUAGUCCCUACUUUCCAAAAAUUGAGCCUGCAUUUUGCGAUCCUAGUAAAUGUACUGCCAAAGGACCAGGAUUAAAUCGAACUGGCCUUAAGACCGGCUACCCUGCUGAUUUUACUGUUGACACUAGCGAAGCUGGACUUGGAGAUUUAAUGAUCAUUGUCGAAGAUGUUAGAGGAAUCGAGGCUGAAGUUAGUAUUGUUGACAAUCGCGAUGACACUUUUACUGUUACAUAUACACCGACUGCACCAGAAUACUACGUUAUUACCAUUCUAUUUGGUAAUCAACCCAUACCACGUAGUCCUUACAGAGUUAGAGUAGAUCCUAGCUGGGACGCUUCGAAAUGUAUUGCAACCGGCCCAGGUAUUGAACCAGCUAGUGUUAAAGCACUUGAAGAGACCUACUUCGAGAUAGAUGCAACUGACGCUGGUACUGCUGAAUUAUCGGCAGAAGUUAUCAAUCAUGUUGGACCAAGAAAUAACCAAGAUAUCGCUCCUGAUAUUAUUAACAACGAAGAUGGAACAUUUUUAGUUCGAUUUUUACCACCUAAUCCUGGUCGUUACACUAUUAAUGUUAGAUAUGGUGAUAAACAUAUACCAGAUAGUCCAUAUCUUAUCACCGUCGGCAAAGGUUAUGAUGCAUCACAGUGUGUUGCGGAAGGUCAAGGCUUGGAAAGAAAGGGAAAUCAUGUCGGUAAAGCGACAGAAUUUUACGUCCAUACCUCAGGUGCUGGUAUUGCUGACCUUACGUUAAACUUUGAAGGUUACGUUAUCCAUGCUGACGAUCCUUUAACUUCAGAUUCACCGUAUAAUGUUGAUGUUUAUCGAGAUAAUGAAGACGUGUAUGUUAUAUCAUAUACACCGUACAGUGAAGGCAGAUUAAUUAUAUCGGUUUUAUACGGUUCUGAUGAUAUUCCUGACAGUCCAUUUAGGGUUAAUAUUGGCCCUGGUAUCGAUCCGAGUAAAUGUUUAGCUCAAGGUGAUGGCCUAACACCUAACGGCGUAGUUACUGAGCAUGAUUCAGAAUUUGAAGUUUUUACUGAUGGUGCUGGGCCAGGUGAAUUGACGGUCAUUGUUGAUGGCCCAGGUGGAGAAGUAGUUCCAGAAAUUGAACAAGAAAAUGAUACGGAUUAUCAAGUUACUUAUGCUCCCACCGAAAUCGGAAUGCAUAGUGUUAGUGUUCUCUUUAGUGGUGUCCAUAUACCUGGUAGUCCUUUUGAUGUUAAUGUCAGUCCUCACGCUGAUCCAAGUAAAUGCUUAGGAAGUGGACCUGGUUUAGAACGUUAUGGACUAAUCGCCAAUAAAGUCACAUAUUUCGAAGUGGACACUGUAGAAGCUGGUGCUGGUGUUCUUAAAAUUAUAAUUGAAGAUCAAGACAGAAAUGAGAUAGAUUGUCAAAUGAAACCGGAUGCUGAUGGUACAUAUGUAAUUAAUUAUCGUCCUAUUGAACCUGGCGAAUACAAUAUAUCUGUAUUGUAUGAUGACGAGCAUAUACCAGAUAGCCCAUAUAUUGUUAACGUUGAAAAAGGUAAAGAUUUUAGUGGUAUACAAAUUUACGGACGUGGUUUACGCCGAGGUGUUGUCGAUAAGUAUGCAUAUUUUAAAGUAAAAACUGAAACGGAAUUAACAGAUCCAAUGAGUUUCUCUAUUGAAGGCCCGGCUGAAACUGGAAUCGAAUGCUCGGAUACUCACGAAAAUGUUUGUACAGUUUCAUAUGUUGCCCCUGUUGAAGGUACUUACAAGAUUCAUGUCUAUUUUGGUGAUGAGGAAUAUCCGCAAAGUCCUUACUCUCCAGUAAUCGAGGCAGCUUUUUGCGAUCCUAGUAAAUGUACAGCCAAAGGUCCAGGCUUAGAAAGAACCGGCUUGAAGUCCGGUUAUCCAGCUGAUUUCAUAGUCGAUACAAGCGAAGCUGGAUUAGGGGAUUUGAUGAUUAUCGUCGAGGAUGUCAAGGGUAAUGAAGCCGAUGUUAGUAUUGUCGAUAAUCGCGAUGAUACCUUUACCGUUACUUAUACACCAUGGGUACCCGAUUUUUACAUUAUUACCAUAAUAUUUGGUGGUGAGAAUAUCCCUCGAAGUCCAUAUCGGGUUAGAGUUGAUCCAAGUUGGGAUGCAUCUAAGUGCACUGCAGAUGGUCCUGGUAUUGAACCAGCCGGGGUUAAAGCCUUACAAGAAACUUAUAUAUCGGUCGAUGCAUCUGAGGCUGGUAUGGCGGACCUAACUGUAGACGUAGUUAAUCAAUUGCAGUCACGCCAAAAUCAGGAAAUAAUAUCUGAAAUCAUCGAAAACGGCGAUGGUACUUUUACUGUGAAGUAUACACCCCCAAUUCCAGGGCGUUACUCAGUUAUUAUAAAAUAUGGUGAUGAUCACAUACCAGAGAGUCCAUAUAACGUUAGGGUCGAAAAAGCCUAUGAUGCAUCCUUAGUGCAUGCUAGUGGUCCUGGUUUGGAAAGAACUGGCUUACAUUCUGGACUCCGAACAGAAUUUAUAGUUGAUUGUACCGAAGCUGGCAUAGCUGAAUUAUCGUGUGACUUUGAAGGUCAUAUUGUGCAGGCUAGUCAUCCGCAAUCAUCAGUAAACCCAUAUGAUGUUGAUAUUAUUGAUAAUUCAGAUGGUACAUAUCUUGUGGAGUAUACACCAUGUGAGCAAGGCCGUCUAACAGUCAUUAUUAUGUACGGUGCUGAUGACAUUCCUGGUAGUCCAUUCAAAGUAAAUGUUGGCCCUGGUAUCGAUCCGUCUAAAUGCUUUGCUUUAGGUCCUGGCCUCGAGCCAGGUGUACGAGUUGGAUUUGCUACAUCUUUUGAAGUUAGUGUUGAAGGAGCUGGUCCAGGUCAAUUAACUCUCGAUAUUGUUGAUCCGAAUAAUAAUGCCGUUGAUUAUGAUCUAGAAGAUACAAGCGACAUAGACUACAACGUGGAUUAUACAGCACAAAUUGAAGGUCCUCAUCAAGUAAAUAUUUACUUUGCUGGCGUUCAUAUACCAAACAGUCCAUUCACAGUCGAUGUUGGGCCUUAUAGUGAUCCAUCAAAAUGUAAAGCAUUUGGACCGGGUCUUGUUAGUGGAUUUGUAGGUGCAUCCACAGAUUUUACAAUCGAUACCACUGAAGCUGGUGAUGGUGAUAUCGGAGUUACUAUCGAUGGACCUACUGAAGCCGAAAUUGAUUCACUUGAUAACGGAGAUGGUACAUGUUCUGUAAAUUAUUUUCCCAUAUUACCAGGCCAAUACACAAUCAAUAUUCUGUUUGCUAGCGAAGCAAUACCCAAUAGUCCUUUUGUCGCUACUAUUGUUUACCCUGUGGAUGCUUCAAAAUGUAUUGUUGGUGGGCCAGGUUUAGAAAAUGGUUUAAUUGAAGAUGAAGCAACCUAUCUUACCGUAGAUACAACAAUGGCUGGAGAUGCUCAAUUAAAAAUUGACCUAGAAGAUGCUGAUGGCCAUCAUAUUCCGUUAGUAGUCAAGGAAAAUGAGGACAUUUUUACAGCUGAGUAUUCUACAACAGUAGCUGGACCUAUGACAGCCAAUAUUAGUUACGGCGAUCAACCUGUUCCAGGUAGUCCAUUUACGAUUAAUGUUGAUCAUCGCGUAGACGUUUCGAAAAUCAUCGUAUCAGGUAAUGGAUUGGAAAACCCAGUUUAUGUUGGUGAAGAAAGUAAGUUUACCGUAGAUGCAAUUGAUGCUGGACCAUCACAGCUCGAUGUUUACAUCCAAAGUACAACUGGUGUUUAUGUUGAAGCAGCAAUUGAACAGGAUCCAGAAUUGAUCUUUAAUGUCACGUAUGUUGCUCCAAGUGAGGGUGACUAUGUUAUCGAUAUAAAGUAUCACAAUGAAGACGUGCCUGAUAACCCAUUUAGUGUUUUUGCGGAGUUGCCACUGGAUCCAUCGAAAGUAUCAGCUUAUGGUCCUGGUCUAGAAGGUGCUAUAACUGAUAUUGCAACUGCCUUCAUUAUCGAUACUAGGGAAGCCGGGUAUGGUAAUCUUGAUAUAUCUGUAGAUGGCCCAGUUGAUGCACCAUUAACUUGCAACGAAUUAGGUGAUGGAAGGUGCGAAGUAACUUAUACACCUCCUCGUCGUGGCGUUUAUGAAUUUCACAUAACUUAUGGUGAUGAAGCGAUUCCUGGUAGUCCAUUUCCAGUUAAUGUGGCUAACCCACUUGAUCCAAGUAAAUGUGUUGCAUCUGGCCCUGGUAUUGAAAAAACUGGAAAUCGCGCUCAACAUGAAACUAAUUUUAUUGUAGAUACCUCUGAAGCUGGUGAUGCUGAAUUAGAAGUUGACAUCAAAACUCAAUCUGGUCAUCAUAUUGAUAAUAAGAUAACUCAUAACAGUGAAGGUAUUUAUAACGUGAGUUAUACGCCUAAAAAUGAAGGUCUUUGUUACAUUAAGGUCAAGUACGCUGGCAAAGAGAUACCACGUAGUCCCUUUAGUACUCGCAUUUUGCCAGCUUACGAUGCAAGUAAAGUCAAUGUUGAAGGUGAUUGCUUAAACGGUGAGCCAGUGUAUGUUGAAGAUGAGCAAUGCGUUCAUGUGGACUAUUCAGAAGCAGGCUUAGGUGAUCUUACAGCGUUAUUAAAAGCGCCAAAUAAUAGAAAACUUGCACCUGAAAUAUUAGAUAAUGGAGAUGAUACAUCUGAUAUACGGUUUGUGCCUGAAAAAGUUGGUAGAUAUCAGCUAACGAUUAAGUUUGGUGCUGAUCAUGUACCAGGUAGCCCUUUCCAAGUUUCAGCAGCCCCUUUUGCAUUUCCUGAAAAGUGUGUUGCAUCGGGUACUGGCUUGGAUCGUACAGGAAAUAAAACUGGUACGCGCCAAAAAUUCCUCAUUGAUGCAAAGGAAGCAGGUCGUGGUAAUUUAACUGCUAGCCUCAUAACUCCUCGUGGUUAUGAAUUCCCAAUACCCUUAGAAGAACAUGAAGAUGAACCAGGUGUUUUUUCUUGCCGAUAUCGAUAUUUCGAGCAAGGCCGUAACAAAGUUAACGUCAAAUUUGCAGACCACGACAUUCCUGGCAGUCCGUUUCCUGUUAAAGUUGAUAAGGGGUAUGCGACUAAUCCUGAGCGUGUUGAUAUUGGUAAUGCUGAUGAGGUUGAAGCUAAAUUAGUUACGGUAGAUGAGAUAAUACCGAUUGAAGUUGACGCUACUAAAGCAGGUCCUGGUGAUCUAGACGCUCAAGUUAAAUGCCCGUCUGGAGCAAUAAUAGAUCCCGAGGUUAUUGAUAAUGAUGAUGACACUUACAGAGUCAGUUUUAAGUCGGAUGAAAUAGGUGUCCAUGAAGUCAGUAUCAAGUAUGCAAAUCAGCAUGUGCAUGGUAGUCCAUUUAAUGUUGUAAUCUAUGGACCUGGUGCUGCUGACUGUAAAGCGUAUGGUAAUGGGCUGGAUGAAGCUACCGUUGGCGAAGAGGCAACAUUUACUAUUGACAGCAAAGAUGCUGGUACUGGUAGCUUAGCAGUUGAUAUUGAAGGACCGGAAGAAGCUGACAUAAUUUCUGAAGAUAACGGUGAUGGUACAUGUGACGUCAAUUUUGUACCAACGGCGCCUGGUAACUAUGAUAUUCAUGUUACCUUCAAUGGUAAUCCGAUUCCAGGUAGUCCAUUUCCUUGUAAUGUUACACCCAAGCCUAUUAUAGAAGAAAGUGUUGGUAAAGAUCAAGCACCAACUGCUGAAGAUAGCCCAAUUAACUGGGACGAUUUAGAUGAUCUAUCUGAAAACCCAUACAAGCCUGAAACACCACUUGAUGUUAUCAAUGAAGCUGUUACAAUGGAACAAGUGAAGACAACGCAGUUGGAGCAACUAUGCGAUUUCUUACUAGAAAAUCCUGAUCGAGAUGUUAGAGAUCUUAAUGCAACCGUCAUUAGCCCAUCCGGAAAUACACAACCAUGCAAGCUAGUUCCAAAGCGCGAUGGUACGUUUGGUGUAAAUUUUGUACCUCACGAGCUUGGACGUCAUCAUGUCAAUAUAAUAAAGCAUGGCAAACAUAUCGAUGGUAGUCCAUUCAUUGUCGAUGUUCUUCCAAUGGAUUACUGUGAUCCGACGAAAGUCUACGCUACUGGUACAGGUCUUGUAAGUGGAGUUGUUAAUCAAGAAGCUGAAUUUAUGGUUAAUACCCGUGAUGCUGGCUACGGUGGACUGGGUGUAGAUAUACAUGGGCCAUCGCAGGCUGAAUUAACUUGCAUUGAUAACCAAGACGGUACAUGCACAUUCAAAUAUACACCAACUGUUCCUGGAUAUUAUGGUAUUGAAAUUAAAUUUGCUGAUCAACAUAUACCCGGUAGCUUGUUUUAUCCGUAUAUUGCACCUGACAGACAAGCUAAACAAACAUUUCGACAAGUUUUUGCUCAAGUAACCGAGCAACCCGAUACUAAAACUGAAGUUGGUAAAUCGUUAGGAUUCGCAUUUCAAUUACCUAACGCAAGGCGUGAGAAUAUAGCGGCUUCAGUUCGACAACCAUCUGGAUUCGUUUAUGAAGCUGAAAUUGUCGAAGAAUCACCUGAAUUGUACACAGUUCAAUUCUUGCCCAAAGAGCCAGGUGAUCAUUUGGUUAGUAUAAAGAAAAAUAAUCGCCAUAUUCAAGGUAGUCCAUUUCCAGUUAGCGUUCGAUUUGGUGGCGACAGUCGAGAAGUCAAAUGUUUUGCUUACGGUCCGGGUCUACAAUAUGGUUUCGUUAAUCGUCAAAGCCACUUUACUGUGUGGACAACUGAUAAAACGGCCGAAAGUUUCAGAGUUGAAAUUGAGGGACCAUCACCUCUUGAGAUAUUUUGCCAUGAUAAUGAUGAUACAUCACAUGUGCUAUCGUAUACACCACCAGUGCCAGGCGAGUAUCUCAUCCAUGUCAUAUUCCGCGAUAAAGAAAUACCGCACAGUCCAUACACUGUUCACGUUAUGAGCGAUGAAAGUGAGGUAAAACCUGUAAAUGAAAAUAUUCAACGAGCUGAGGCCGCGGUUGGUGAAGCUUCAUUAUUUGAAUUACCGGAUGACAUUGCAGGUGAAGAACUUGACGUAACAAUUAUAUCACCAUCGGGCAUAAAAGAACCUGGUAGCGUUACUCGUACUGAAAGAGGUAGCUAUAUAGCUCGAUUCGUACCCAUUGAGCCUGGCAAGCAUACUGUUAAUAUGACGGUAAAUGGGCGCCACAUACCUGGUAGCCCGUUCUAUGUCUAUGUAAAUCCUGAUGGUGGGGAUGCAAAGCAAUGUAAAGCAUACGGUAAAGGGCUGAAAUACGCUAAGGUAUCGGAAGUAGCAGAGUUUUAUGUUUUAACCGAAAAUGCCGGCCCUGGUGAAGUUGAUAUUAGUAUUGAUGGACCAGUUAAAACAGGAUGUAAUCAUAAAGUGACCACACCUGGUCAUCAUACGGCAACUUAUCUUCCAUUAGCAGAUGGCAUUUAUACUAUUAAUAUUAAAUUUGCUGGCAAGCAUGUCCCUUACAGUCCGUUUAGAGUCCCAAUAAGGGAUGCUGAUAAACCUAAACCUGAGAAAUGUAUUGCUGAAGGACCUGGUCUUCAAUCUGCGCGGAAAGGUGUUAAUCAUUUUACUUUAGACGCCUCUGAUGCUGGUAACGGUUCUAUCAUGGUUGGAGUAAAAGGACCCAGUAUUCCGUGUGAUGAAAUUAAAGUUAACCAUAAAGGUGAUAAAGUUUAUACAGUUGGUUAUCGACUGGCUGAAUCUGGUCCUCACUUAUUAACUGUUAAAUGGGGUGAUAAACACAUUCCUGGUAGUCCGUAUACAGUAAUUGCUAAAUAA